AUGGCUUCCACAAAGAAGGGUGGUGAGAAGAGCCGUUCUGCCAUUAACAAGGUAGUGACCCGAGAAAACACUGUAAUUGUUCACAAGUACAUCCAUGGAGUGGGUUUUAAGAAGGGUUUCACUCAGGCACUCAGUGAGAUCUGGAAAUGUGCCACAGAGUAGAUGGGAACUCCAGAAGUGCACUUUUAAAUAAGGUUCAACAAAGCUGUCUGGGUCAAAGGGAUAAAGAACGUCCCAUACUGUGUCCAUGUGUGGCUGUCCAGAAAAUGUAAGGAGGAUGAAGAUUCACCAAAGAAACUCUAUAUGUUGAUUCCCUAUGUACCUAUCACCACCUUCAAAAAUCUACAGUUAAUGUGGAUGAGAGCUAAUUGCUGCUUGUCAAAUAAAGGCAUAAAACUGUAA